AUGGGGACUUGGGAGGUGGUGCACCAACUGCCAGGAGUACCACUUGUGGACUCUAAGGUUGUGCUUCAGCUGAAGCUUGACGCUGAUGGUGUACCUGUUAAGCACAAGGCACGACUGGUUGCAAGGGGCUUCACACAGAGAGAGGGGAUCGACUACCAAGAAACCUUCUCUCCAGUAGCACCCCUCGGAGCGAUCAGAGCCAUCUUAGCACUAGCGGUGCAGAACAACUGGGAGGUACAUGCUCUGGACAUCACUAUGGCUUACUUGAACUCCACGUUAAAGGAAGCAAUCUACAUGAAGCCACCAGAAGGAUCAGGAGUAGCACCCGGCAAGGUGUACAAGGGACAGGGUGAAGAUAUGGCCAUUGUGGUCAUCUACGUCGAUGAUACAUUAGCCAUAGCACCACGGCUGGAAAUGGUCCUAAAGGUUAAGAAGCAGAUUGGUCAGAGAUGGAAGAUGGAAGAUAGCAGUGAGGUCUCUCACUUCCUGGGCAUCAAAAUCAGUCGAGACCGUGCGAUGCGCACCAUGAUGAUUGGUCAGUCAGGGUACAUUGACCAAGUGCUGGCAAAGCACCUGGACAAACAUACGAAGCCGACCAUGGUUCCAAUGCAGAGCAUACCAGAGGGAACCCUUGUCGCAAGCGCAGCACAACAGAAGGAGUAUCCGGUGAUUGUUGGCAAGCUGCUCUGGGUUGCCAACAGCACCUGGCCCGACCUUAGCCUUACCGUGGGUGUUCUUGCUAGGCACAUGCAUGAACCAUCACAGGAGCAUUAUCAGGCAGCACAAAGGGUCUUACACUACCUCGAAAGCACAAGGCAGGUUGGAUUGGUUUAUAGGGCAAGUGAGUUGCCAGAGCCACUGGUCGCGCACAGCGAUGCAAACUGGGCGAGCGAUGCCACCAUACAGAGAAGGAGUACAUCGGGGUCAGUGGCAUUAGUGUACGGGAAUCCAGUAGCCUGGAAGUCAGCGACACAAAAAUGCGUGUCAUUGUCUGCUGUCAAGGCAGAGUUCAUUGCAGCCACAGAAGCAACACAUGAGGUGCUCUUCCUCAAGCAGCUGCUACGCUCAAUUGGCAUUGCCACAGGCACACCGACGGUCUACUCGGACAACACUGGUUGCAUACAGGUUAGUAAGGACCCAGCACAGCACUGGAAGCUUAAGCACAUCGACACCAAGUAUCACUUCGUCCGUAACAACGUCCAAGAGGGAAGGGUGCAGAUCAAGUACGUAGACACCACAAGAAACUUGGCAGACAUACUCACAAAGCCCAUUGGGAGACAGGCAAUGCAGCAAGCAAGAUCUGGGCUACACCUGCAAAUACCAGCAGCAGUGUACGAAAUGGGGUCCCCGAGCUAUGCAACAGUGUUGAAGAACAGAGGUCACACCUUGAAACAACAGCAUAAUGAACAGGGUACAUAUACUGUUGAGGGGGGGAGUUGA